ACACUGAAAUAAUGGCCGAAGUUCUUGGUAUAUGUUGUCUACUCUGCUGGCUGACUAAUUCAUCACUUCGUAACUCUCUGUACUAGCCUUAAUUAUUUCCAUCCCCCUCUCUCUUAUCCAACAUUAUACAUUGACAAGAACAGAGACACAAUGUCACCCGAAUUCUUCUUCUUCUUUUUCUUCCUCUUCUGUUUUCCCGGUAUCCUCUGUCCACUUCUUGCCCAAACAGCACUUAUAGCACCCAUCCACAAAGAUCCCGAUAGCCUUCUUUACACUGUGACUGUUUAUUUAAAAACUCCUCUUCAACCCACCAAAUUACACCUUGACCUUGGCGCAUCCUUCACCUGGGUCGACUGCUUCAAAGACUACAACUCCACCACUUACCAACACAUCCCCUGCGAUUCUCCUCUCUGCAAUUCCUUCCACACCUUCUCAUGCGCCAACUGUUACGACCCUCCGGGUCCCGCCUGCUCCAACGACAGCUGCUCUAUUUAUCCCGAGAACCCUGUCACUCGCCAGGCCACUGUCGCCACCGCACUCAUCGACUCGCUCGCAUUGCCUACUACUGAUGCGUCUGCUCCCGGUCAAAUGGGUCUCAUACCCGAAUUUAUCUUCUCUUGUUCGAGGACCUUUCUCCUUAAUGGACUCGCUAAGGAGGUUACUGGACUUGCCGCACUUGGCAGGUCCAACCAUUCGCUCCCAGCGCAGAUUAGCAACGCCUUCUCUUCUCCUCGCUAUUUUGCGCUGUGUCUGUCAGGCUCAACUUCAGAAGCCGGCGUGGCGUUUUUUGGAACGAGAGGGCCCUACAUGUUUUUGCCAGGGGUUGAUCUGUCGAAGUCGCUUGUUUACACCGGACUAAUUUUGAAUCCGGUGGGGAGCACAGUAAUAUCCUACAACCAACAACCGUCCGAUGAGUAUUACAUAAAUUUGACCAGCAUUAAAGUCAACGGAAAAGCCGUUGAAGUCAACAUCUCGCAGCUGGCCAUCGAUGAGAACGGGUUUGGAGGAACGAAGCUCAGCACCGACACUUCAUAUACCACUUUAGAAAGUUCUAUUUACCAGGCUUUUGUCAAGGCAUUUGUAAAUGAAUCCGCCGGGUUGAACCUGACGGUAACGAGUGCAAUCAAACCUUUUGAUGUAUGCUAUCAAGCGAGUGACAUUAUUAACACGCUUGUGGGACCGGGUGUCCCGACGGUUGAUCUGGUGAUGGAAAGCGAAGAUGUGUUUUGGAGGAUAUUUGGAUCGAAUUCGAUGGUGAGGAUUGAGAGGGACGGCCUGGACGCGUGGUGCCUGGGAUUUGUGGAUGGUGGAAUCAAUGCGAGGACGUCUAUAGUGAUCGGUGGGCAUCAGAUGGAGGAUAAUUUACUGCAGUUUGAUUUGGAGUCGAAGAUGUUAGGAUUUAGCUCCUCCGUUCUGCUCAAACGGACCACCUGUGCUAACUUCACCUUAAGUUCCAAUUUCGGAUAGGUAACGAGCUAAUUGGGCUUUUCAUUAAUUUUUUAUUUUGGAAAAUUUAUGUAAUUAUACUAGCAGUACCAGAACCUGAAAAUUAGCUCUUAUGUUUAGUUCAGUCUAAAUUAUUGGAUCCUUAUCUUAGUCAGCAAACUUGGUUAUGGUUGAUAAAUGGGUGGUGACGUGGGACAAGGAGGAAUAUAAUUGUAUGGCGGUAGUGGCCUCUGUGCCAUCUCCUCAAAACCAUCUAUUGCCGCCACAAUUGAGUUCAAAAUCUUGCCGACAAAAAGGGGUUGCCUUUUUUAUUGCAAGGCCACUUCCUUGUUCCUACACCACCAGCAUUGGCAGGUGCUGGUCCUUUCAGCAUGUUGGGCUUACGCAUGUGAACCAUAAUGAUCUUCACGGUGUGGUCAUCACCAUGGUUUGAUUCAUCACUGUCUUAGUAAAUCAUCCUUAUGUUUCCAGAUUGGGUUAGCUCCAACUGUUUUCAGUCUUGGAUUCUUGGCCAUUUCUUGCAAUUGCUCAUGUUUAGCUCUUUGAAAAUAAUGGAAUCCAUUGGGUUGAGCAUUGCUAUGGUUGCUCAAAAGAGGAUCUUUUUCCCA